AAGUGGCGCGGCUUUAUUCAGCUCAGCGGGAAAGUGAAAGCAAACCAGGCCGGAGUAGGAGGACGCACAGGUAAUGCUAAGGAAGUGUUAGCUUCACUUCAACUGCUGGGACACAUAAACCGACUGAGAGUGAAAAAGAAAGAAAGAAAGAGGAAGAAGACUCGUGGCUGUAUCUGUUUGAGUGACCCGAGGAGCUCAGAGGAUCACAGGCUUCCCUGGGACCUCUCUCUCUCUCUCUCUCUCUCUCUCUCUCUCUCUCUCUUCCCAGACUGCUACCCCUCCUUCUACCUUUCUCCAAUAUGAACCCUCCAGGAGCAUGCUGCGAUAGACGCAGUGAUGAAGAUGACCUGCCUCAGAUGGACGGCACAUGUGACGCAUGUGAACCAGAUGAACCGCAGCUGGCUACGCAAAUGUGUGUGAUUUGCCGCUUUGCCUUCUGCAUGGUCCAUGCCGAAAAACACACACGCAGCACCAGACAUCCGCUUCAGCCCUACACCCCACCCGAACCUAGAGUAAAUGCCAAUGCUCACAUCAAUGCCCAACCCGAGGCAAAUGAGAACCAGCUGGAGGAGGCCGAGGCUGCUGGGGGUGGAGGUGAAGGAAUGGAGGAGCAGGGCGAGGAGCAGAGUGCGUCUGAAUCAGGAAAGAGAGACACAGUGACCGUGGAAAGACUGAGGUGCAAGGAACAUGGACAGGAGGGCUCACUGUACUGCAAACAGGAUGAAAAGAUCGUGUGUGUGUUGUGUGCUGUACAGGGAGAUCACCGAGGACAUGAGAUCAUCACACUCCGGGAAGCCUACAUGUGGCAGAAGAGUAAAGAGGGCAUAGAUCUGCUAGCGUGUACUCAAGAAAUGUCCGAGAAGAUCAAGACCAAGUGGACCAGUCCAGAUAUGAGCCCAGAGGAGCUCGAGCACUACGUGAACCAGCAAUUUGAUGAGUUGCAGAAGCUGGUGCGCCUGGAGGAGUGGCGCGUGCUUCACCUGGUAGAUCUGAAGGAGGCCUUUUUGACAGCACAGGCUGCUGAGAAGAUUGCUGAAAUCAGCGUUCACACCGAGAAACUGCAGGAGGAGAUGGACUCGAUUACACAGCAGCUGGGUGAGCUUGACCAUGCUGAGCAAAACGGUGUGGCCCCAGCCGGCCUGGCACCUCUACUGGCAGGACAACCGCAGCCGCCUGGCGCUGCUGUUCUGGAACAAAGGCCUCUGAUGGACCCUGAAGCCAGACCAAGAUUACCUGCUCAGCAGCGAGACCCUCAGAAUCCUCGAGACUAUCGAGAUGGAGAAGACUCAUCCAUGGGCCAUGCUCCAUAACAGCAACAGUAGCAUCUACUGUACCAUCUGCUCUCUUCUGCCUUAUUCUUAUGAACUGGAGCUUUUGAAGUGGACUGUUUCUUUCUGGCUACUGAAUCUCCCUUUCACUGUUUGACUUUCUGCUUGAAUUGUUGCCUUUUUUCUGUUCAGUCUUUGCUGCUUGUCUUCUCCUGAGGAAGAGGAUGAAUUGAAUGGAGUUGAUUGCAAUCAGUCUUCAACACCAGUCAGACACUUGACUGAGGAUUUGCAGCUGAAGAACACAAAAUGAAAGAUGGGAAUGCAAACCGAAUCCAAUUUGCCUUCACUUGGAUAUUUUGUCAUGAUUAUAGUGCUGGGUUUGUGGAAUAUAAAUACCCCACUGAGUAUACAAGUACAGAGUAUACUAAGUUGCAUAAAUUCUUGGACAGUUGCAUUAAUUUUUUUUUUUUACACCAUUUCCUCCCGACUCUUUUCAUUUUCACCCAUCAACUAACAUAUUCUAUCCACAUUCACUGGAUAUGAGCAACCGCACGCUCUGAUUGGCUACUCUACUACUAGGCUAUCAGCUCAUAUACCGUGAUUAGAGAAAAACAAAAUGGUGGAGCGUGUUGCUGAACCAACCGAGGAUGAAAUAACAAAACCCAAAAAAAAUGCAAAAAAAAAAGCAACAAAAUAUGGAAUAAAAGUAUUUGAUGGUAAGAACGUAUCUUUAUUUUUCAAAAAUUAUUAUUAUUAUAGCAUUUUUCACAAAUUGCUACUGUCAUUUCGCCGGUUUGUUUACAUUCGAAGCGGAAAUGAUUUUGUCGGACGUUUUGUAUAAAGUUUUUAUUUAUCGAAUUUGCAAAAAAUACAAAUCAAAAUGCUGUGUUUCUCAAAAUCCAGUGAAUGUGGAUAGAAUAAAACAGAUAUUCCAGUUAAUUUUGUCAUACAUGGCUUAUAGCCAACUCAUGUAUGACUUGAUUUCGUGGAAUAACUGUUAAAUAUAUAUACAGUACCGUGCAAAAGUCUUAGGCACAUGUAAAGAAAUGCUGUAGACCAAAAAUAGCUUAAAAUAAUGAAAAGAAAUGUUUUAACAUUAAAAAAAUGUACAGUGAGUGCAGUUUUAUAAGGAAAUGAGCUGUAGGUUUUUCUGAGCAUCUUACAGAACCAGCCGCAGUUCUUCUGGACACUUUGACUGUCACACUCGCUUCUUAAUUUUGCACCAAAACCGAGCAGCCUUCAUUAUGGUUUCUUUUUUAAUCUGAAAAGCCGUCUCUUAUGUAAUAUGCUGCUCAGAUACAAACUUUUUUUUCUGUCACAUUUAAUUUUGUGCUGGAAAAUGAACGUUUGGACUCUAAAAUGUUUUUGUACUGACUCGAUAAUGUACAAGUUGUAAAAUAGAAAUCUGUAACAAAGUUUGGAUGAAAAGAAAAAAUAGGGGGCCUAAGACUUUUGCACAGUACUGUAUCUAUCCUGUCACAUGAUAGCUUCCAACCAGGGCGGAUGAAAGCUAACACCUGCUUCCUCAGAGGCAUGUGAAGCGGCCGCUACGUCUUUUUGAACAGCUGCUCUUUCAUCACAGGGCAGUGUAAGACACUGAGAGGAAAGCGCUACCUGACCUCUUAUAUGAGUUCAUAGGCACACAUGACUGGUCACUCUGAGUAACAUAGGAGAGGGUACAGUCAUACUGUCCCUCCGACCCAAAGAGCAUGGCCUAUUUUGCUCUCUCACUGUGGCAUUGUCAUGAAUCAAACCCUGCAGUCUCCUGAUGAUCAGGGCGACUCAGGAGUCGUAAAACUGAAGAUGAUAAGAACCGUUGGAAAUUGCGUUCUAUUGGUGUUGAUUCAUUCCUGCAAAAUGCCUUAAAAACCAACAUCAGUUUGGCAAAAACUCCAAAAGUGAUGAUUUAAUCACCAAAUGUUGAAUGCGUGUCUGUAUUUAAUAAAUGUCUCGCUCUGAACUGUAGCAAGCAAAAUGAACAGAAAUGGGUUCUUUUUCAUGCUGUUUUAACUCAAGAAAAAUGUCUCAACUGUGUGUAAUUAGUGUAGGAAGCAAAGGGCUUUUUGUAAAUGGCACUCACAUUAGUACAUACAGUCAUUUCUCAUGGACACAUGAUUACACUUGGAAAUGUGCCUGUGAAGUUGUGAAUGGCUCUCUUAGUAAGUUUAGCAUUUCCUCACUGCCACUUUUUUUUUUCUCAAAGAUGUGACCUUCAUUUGAUGUGUUCUUUUUUUUCUUUUGCUUAUGAUGCUGUCAGUUUUUGUUCAAAAUGUCAACAAAAAAAAAACGUAUGAGAAGCCUUUAAUUUCACUAAUCAUUUGGAGAAACACAAGAAUUUCCCUCUACAACAAGUGUUGCCAGGCAAAACAAGCCUCACCCGGCAGCACUUCUUUUAUACCUAUAUGCUGAUAAUAAUCUCAUCUCAUUAUCUGUAGCCGCUUUAUCCUGUUCUACAGGGUCGCAGGCAAGCUGGAGCCUAUCUCAGCUGACUACGGGUGAAAGGCGAGGUACACCCUGGACAAGUCGCCAGGUCAUCACAGGGCUGACACAUAGACACAGACAACCAUUCACACUCACAUUCACACCUACGCUCAAUUUAG